AUGGAUUAUGAAGAAGGAUGGGCUGAGAUAAAGGCUAUUGAUGAUACAAAGGCUGGUGUUAAGGGACUCGUCGAUGCUGGAGUAGUCGAGAUUCCUAGAAUUUUCGUUAGGCCACCUCAUGAACUUGCUGAGGAGUUGAAUAUGUGCAAGUCAUCAACUCUGCAGGUUCCGGUGGUUGAUCUAAGUGGUGUAGAAGUUGAAGAUGGGCAUAAGAAGAUUGUUGAUGAAAUAAGGGAAGCAUCUGAGAAAUGGGGAUUUUUCCAACUGAUAAAUCAUGGGAUUCCUUCAAGUGUUUUGGAAGGAAUGAUUGAUGGAACUCGUAAAUUUCAUGAACAAGAUGUUGAAGUGAAGAAAGAGUACUAUUCGUCUGAUCCAACGAGAGAAGUUAGAUAUGAUAGUAAUCUUCAUGUGUACAAAACAAAAGGAACAAGUGUUAGCUGGAAAGAUACACUCUUCAUCUCUGCUGUAGUUUCUAAACCCGAAGAAAUACCACGAGUUUGCAGGAAAACAUCCCUUGAGUACAUAAAUCAUGUCACGAAACUAGCCGACAUUCUUCUUGGCUUACUAUCAGAGGCUCUUGGGCUAAAACCUGACCAUUUGAAAGCCGCGGAAUGUGAUAAAGGACAAGUGUUGGCAUGCCAUUACUACCCGACAUGCCCACAACCAGAGCUAACUCUUGGUACCGCUAAGCAUACUGAUCCUAGUUUUCUUACCAUUGUCCUUCAAGAUCAGAGUGGCGGGCUCCAAGUAAUGUGUGACAACCAAUUAGCCGAUGUUACACCGAUUCAACAUGGUUUGAUUGUUAAUAUUGGUGACCUUCUUCAGAUCCUAUCAAACGAUAAGUUUGUAAGUGCAAAUCAUAGAGUUGUAGCGAACAAGAUAGGACCAAGGAUUUCAGUGGCAUGCUUCUUCAAUGGUCUUUUAGCACCUUCAAAGAUGUAUGGUCCAAUCAAAGAACUCAUAUCUGAAGAAAAUCCCCCACUAUAUGAAGAUUUUCAAGUAGUUGAUUAUGUUACCAAGUUUUUCUCGAAACCUCUUGAUAAGACUGGUCUUGAUCUUCUCAGACUGUGA